AUAAAUAAACAUUCAUAAAACAAGAUGCGAGACACUCCAUUAUCGAAUUGUGAACGAGAAUUUAUCAAGCAAGCAGUAAUACAAAAGAAGAGGAUUGAUGGAAGACAGCCAUUUGACUACAGAAAGAUCAGAAUUAAGUUUGGUACUGAGAGGGGCAGCUGCUAUGUGGAACUUGGUCAGACAAGAGUGUUUGCUAAGGUGUCCUGUGAGCUUUGUGCACCUAAAGCCACCAGGCCUUCUGAUGGUGUUCUUUUCAUCAAUGUAGAGUUAUCUCCCAUGGCAUGUCCAUCCUUUGAAGGAAGGCCAUCUGAGCUAAGUGUGGAAAUAAACAGACUUCUGGAGAGGUGUCUGAAAGAAUCUCGAUGUGUUGAUAUGGAGUCCCUGUGUAUCAUAUCAGGCGAAAAGGUAUGGCAGGUGAGAACAGACAUCCAUGUGUUGAAUCAUGAUGGGAAUAUAAUCGACUGUGCUAGCAUAGCAGCAAUCACAGCACUCACUCACUUCAGGAGACCUGAUGUGACUGUUGAUGGAAGCAAUGUUAUAGUGCACCCAUUGGAGGAGAAAGAUCCAAUCCCCCUCAGUGUACAUCAUAUGCCUAUCUGUGUGUCUUUCUCAUUCUAUGAGCAAGGAAAAUUCUUGUUGGUUGACCCAACAGACAAAGAAGAAAAAGUGAUGGAUGGAAAGAUGGUAAUAGGAAUGAACAAACAUCGUGAAAUCUGCACAUUACAAGUAACAGGACAAAUGCUUCUCCUUAAAGACCAGGUCCUGCGUUGUUCCAAUAUUGCUGUGGUGAAGGUAGCAGAGACAACAGAUCUUAUUCACAAAGCUCUGGACAAUGACAGACAGGCCAGGGUCAAAGGAGAAAAGUUUGGAUACACAGAAUCUGUUGCCAUGGAUACCAUCACUACCAAUGAGAUGGAACCAGAGGAAGUGGACAUGGAUGAGGUGGAAGAGAACGUGGCAGCCUCACUUAAGACAAUUAGGGAGUCCAUGACCACAGUCUCAAGUGACUCAUCUGAUGUGGAAAUAUUGGACAAAGAGGUUGGUUCUAUAGGAGAAGGAGGUCCCAGUACAUGGGAUUUGGAGGAGAAGGAGCUUGUAGAGGAACAAGGUCACAAGGUCACAGGACAGAGGUCAAACAAUAAAUCCAAACCAGAUGUGGUGGUGCUGGAUUCUGAUAGCGAGGAGGAGGAUGUCAUCAUCAUGGAAGGUGACCAACUACAUACGAAACCAAAAGAACCAGCCUUCAACACAAAGAAAGGAUCUUCAACUGAAUCAACAAAUCUCACACAACUACAAACAAAAUCCAAGCCAAAAAAACGGAAAGGAAAACCUUCAUAGUUUAAUUUGUUGUAAUAAAUUCAUGUUGAAUAUUG